UAGAAAUGUCAAUAUCUCAUCAUCCUCUAUGGCCAGAAAUAUGACUGAUUUUGUAAUUUUUUAGUAUCGCUUUGUUUAUAAUAUUUAAUAAUGUUAAUAAAAUGGAAUUACUAAAUCGGCCGGCCUUUAUCGUAUUUGAUGAAUUCAUAGGCUUUUAUACGCCGAUAUGCAAAAGUGGACUUUGUUUUGGACAAUAAUAUUAAUUAACGUUAUAGGAAUUGAUCUUCUAGACGAUAUUUUGGUGGAUGAAUAUGAAACAUCAACAUUUCCAAAGACAAACGCCAUGAAUCCAAAAAUGAAAACAUCAAGAAAGAAAAAACCAAAGAAAACUACUACAGAUUCAUCUGAUGAUUAUGAACCAUUGAUCCCUUUGAAGUCCCGUGAUAAAGUAGUGAAAGGAAUCAGACAAAUCAGUUGUGUCGAUUUCACACAGUAUGCCGCUAACUGUACUUCAGGAGCCGCAAUGAUAUAUAACGCUGCAAGGGUAACCCCGCCAUUGCCGUACAAAAUACAGGAAUGGUGCAAAUCCAUUCGCUUCCUUACCAACUGUGCUAUAGAAUGGAACACAGAUUGCAGCGAGAUUACUGACAAUUUCUUCAACGAAGAUAGCAUAAAAGGGCACAUGCAUGUCUUGGACUAUAUCUGCGACGACGAAUGGUUUUUAAAUCGCUAUCGAGACAUGUCUAUAUGUAUAGAAGAAGCAUCGGAACAAUGGGAGGAAUGCUACUCAACAUUCAAAGUGAUAGUGGAGGAACAAAAGAAUAUCACACGGGAGUGGACUCACUUCGAAACCCAUUUUUAUCUUUGCUGUGCCCAAGCGCAUUUCCGUCGAUGCACACUGGACUUUAUCUUCAAUAUGCCCAAAAAGUGCCCGUACGAGCAAGCGAUCACAUUGCAAAAGUUUUCUGUUAUCAUAUCUGAGGGUGAUGUUUUUCAGGAAUGCGACGGGACCAUACCAUAUGGAAACUGCCCCAACGGCGACCCCACGCCAUCGCAGAACCAGCUCAGACUUCUAAUGGAAGGUGACGCGGUACAACACAAAAAAGCAAAAAAAGCGGCAGUCACACACUUAGGCACUAUGCUCUACCUGGUUACUGCUUAUGUAUUAGUAAUUUUUUACGCUUUUGUUUUAUUAAAUCUUUACAUUUGAA